UAUAGACGAGUUGAUGGAGAACCGGAGCUGUACCCGAACCGGACCCCAACAACAUGCUUCAGUGUAAAGGGAGAACACAGUAAACCAUCAUUAAUCCACCUCACAGGCGAUGGGCGCAGACAGCGAUGCGGGUGCUACUCCACCUGUGCCAUGGCGUAAAGUGCUGUAUGAGCGCCAGCCAUUUCCGGACAACUAUGUGGACCAGCGCUUCCUCGAGGAGCUUCGGCGCAACAUUCGAGUGCAUCAGUACAGCUACUGGGCGGUGGUUCGAGAAGCCGGUCUCGUCUCUCAGCAGCUCUCGUGCGUGGCGCUGUUCCUCACGCUGUGGUCCUACAUGGAGCAGGGAAACGUAAGUCCUUCGACGCUGCUCUGGAACGGCCUGGGAUGCUCGGUGUUGGGAUACGCGCUGUACGAGGCUCUGGGGGGAGCAAGCAGACGAGAGCGGAACCGCUGCGCCGACUUGCAGAGUGCUGCGGUGUUCAUGGCGUUUAUCUUCGGGUUCUCGCCAGUGCUCAAGACGUUGACCGAGUCUGUGAGCACGGAUACGGUGUACGCCAUGUCCGCUGGCAUGCUCAUGACACACCUGGUGUUUUUCCCAUACACACAGCCGAGCCUGCCAGGCAGCCUUUCCCUCAAUGCAGCGCUCUUCGCGUCUGUUUGCUUGGCAUCGCGCCUGCCUGGGACCCUGCACACGUUCGCUAUGCUGAGCUGCGCCCUGAUCAUCUUUGCACUCUGGCCGAGCCUGCUGCAGCAACUUAGACACGCCGCCAAGUGGACAUUGCCGUGGGCAGCCGGCACAGUGUGCGUGUGUGGAGUUGUAAGUGUUGGCACUUUGUGGCCCGCCGGAGCUCUUCUCCUGUUUCUGUCUUUAGUAGUGCUAACGUUGGUGUGUCCGCUGCUGCUGGUGCGUCUUCAGAGACACAAGGACAACAUACACGGUCCGUGGGACGAGGCUGAGAUCAGAGAGGACCUGUCCCGCUUUCUGAGCUGAUGGUGUCGAUGUCACGGUGUGGAGACUAAACGUCUGCUGUAAACAUGUCUUUUGAAUCGCAUACUGCGUAAUGUUGGUACUGAUUAUUAUACUGGGAGUUUUACAUCAAAUCUCAGGGGAAGAACUACUUCAGGAACAAUCUGCCCUUGUUUUGUUGUUUGUUCCUGAAAGUUUUAAACAACACAAAGUGCAACUGAUAACUUAUAACUGGAGCAGUAUUUCUGAAAAUGUGUUAUUAAAAUAUAACUACUAAAAUACUUGGAAAUAGAAUUCAUUAAUAUAAUAAAAAAUCUGGAAAUGCUUUAUUUAUUGAACAUGUAAUAAAGAUUAUAUAUUCAAUGACAAAACAAAGUGAGUAGUUUUCAAGAACAUUAAAAUGUAACUUGGAAAGAAGAAAAAAAAUGUGUAUGUACAACUGAGGACACAAAGAUUUUUUCUACCUGAACAGUCAAAGAUUCCCCAGCCCGAGGGAUUGCAGGGCUGAACUUGAGAAGAACCUGCACUGCUCAUGAUGGAAGAAUGAAAGAAAGGACAGCAGCUUUGGGAGAGGAGUUAUUUUAUAAUAGUAUA